AUGGCUGGAUCUGGAAGUUCAGAAGUAAGAACUCCGAUCUUCUCCGGUGAGAACUACGAGUUCUGGAGGAUUAAGAUGGUGACGAUCUUCAAAUCUCUUGGGAUAUGGAGUUUGGUAGAAAAGGGGAUUUCAACCCUUGAUUCGAAGAAGAAGAUGACGAAAGUUGAAGAAUCAUCGGAAGAAGAAGCUGAUGCAGAGAUGUUUGCUGUGCUCAUGAAGGACGCAAAGGCUCUGGGCAUUAUACAAAACGCAGUUUCUGACCAGAUCUUCCCUCGGAUUGCAAAUGCCGACUCAUCUCAAAUGGCAUGGAAUCUACUCUACAGUGAGUACCACGGUGGUGAUCAGGUCAGAUCUGUAAAACUUCAGAAUCUCAGACGGGAAUUUGAGUAUAUGAGAAUGCGUGAAGGUGAACAACUAACUGCAUAUCUUACUCAAUUAAAUGAAUUGAUAAAUCAAAUGAAAACGUUUGGAGAAGUGUUAUCAAAUGAGAGGCUGGUUCAAAAGGUGUUAAUCAGUCUUAGUAGAGUGUAUGAUCCCAUCUGUUUGGUGAUUGAAAAUACAAAGAGUUUGGAGACUAUUGAAUUGCAGGAGGUUAUUGCAAUAUUGAAGAGUCAAGAGCAACGUUUUGACAUGCAUAAUGUGGACAUAGCUGAGAAGGCAUUUGGCUCUUUCUCAGUCGAUACAAAAGGGCAGAACAAGAAUAGUACUCAAACUGGUUCUACUAAGUCUCAGAAGAAUUGGAAGUCUAACAACAAACCAUGGGAGUCUAGACAGAAGCCACAGCAAGUUGAUAUAAGGGCCAAUCUAAGUGCUAUAAGUGUGAUAGAUUUGGACAUUGGGCUACACUAG